CUCCCUCUAACGCCCCGGCUGGCUCCGCCAGGACCUGGUCUUUCAAAGCAAAGCCCUCCGAUGUUAUUGAUCUUCCUAUUUCCGCGGAGCUGCCGGGUUGCGUUCCGUACGUGGGUUUUUGAAAGUUGUACAGGGCUGGCGUGAAGGUACUCGCUAACUAAAUCCUAAACUAGCAAAAACAAAUGCAAAGUUAUUGGAACAGGGAUUUCGACCUUUCUACAUUAAUUUAGCAUCUUGGCGCACCCUUGCUGAAUGCGUUGAAUGGUGCUUGAGAUCCUGCCUUUCCUCUCAAAAUUGUCGAAGCCUUUAGUAUUUCUGAAUUGCCCUGCCUGGCCAUGCUGCAAAUAUGUGGGAGGUUCCUGUCAAGUGGAAUUCCUGAUUUACCUACGAGCCAAAAUAAUGGAUUGCUCCUCUUGGAGAGGAAGGAAUUUAGAAACAAUUAUACGUUUGUUGUAAAGGGCGUGUUACAGAGAAGGAAGUAAUGAAUUUUUAUUCUAGUUUCUGGUCCCUCCUGUUUGCACAGUCCUUCGUCAGAUCCUUGUGUUCAUGAGGUAAGGACCUAGCCAGGAGAAAGUCCAGUCGUCCACCCAGUCCUCCAGCAGCUUUCGAGAUGGGCUAUGUUGCCUGUCAGUGUCCAUUUAAUGAUAGAAUCGUGUAAAUUUCACGGUUCCAAGGGAGAGAGACAAAUACACAGCUUCGUUUAAGUGGGGGCCGCUUUGCAAAUACCAAAACUUCAGCAGAAACGGCAGGUUCCAACUCCGGCUAGUUCCAGACUUGUUGCUUUGCAAAAACGAUCUUCCGACUGAUUGACCGGAACAUUUAAAAUUAGUUAAUCUUUUAGCCAGUUUAAGCGAGAGAUCGAGCGCACGAUGUGGCUGUGGCGGAUCCUAUUACUAACCGUUUCAUUUACUGGGUCCUGGGCAUUGAUUACGUUGCCUGAACCAACUAGGGUGAAGUUUGAAUCUGUCAACUUUAACAACACCCUUCGCUGGACUCAGAAGGGACCUCCAGAAACUGUGUAUGAUGUUGAGUAUUGCAUAUAUGGAGACAAAGUAUGGAAAAAUAAGCCUGAAUGUCACCAUAUCACUGUCCAAUAUUGUGACUUAACAAAUGAAAUUGUGCAGGAGAAUAACUGGUACUAUGCAAGAGUGAUGGCAAUAUCGAAAAAUAUCAAUUCAACGUGGUCCUUAUCUGAAAGAUUCUGUCCAUUAGACAAGACUAUUAUUGGACCCCCAGCAGUGGAGUACACAGCAGGAGACCGAUUUAUUACUAUUCAGAUACAUCCACCACAAGUGCCACCCAAAGGCGGAAUACAACGCUCUAUCAAGGACAUUUUUACUGUCAUUAAGUAUCAAGUGCAGCUGAACCAAUCACAAACAAAUAAAAUGGUGUUUUAUGCAUUUAAUGAAAGCAGAUAUUUCAAAAUCGAAUCUUUGGAACCCAAUACAAACUACUGUACCAGUGUGCAACUUAGCUUAAGACAGGAAAUCUUCACAAAAGAAAGUCUACCGGCCAAUUUUUGCAUUCGAACUUCAAAAGAAAGAACACUGACCGUCUUUCUGUUAGUGACGUUUGUGUCCUUAGGAAUAAUAAUCGCUGGAAUAUUUAGUUGUGUGACAUACAGUUACACAAAGCACCAGAGGACGUUGCCACAGUCUUUGAAUUUAGAUCGCAUCCUCUCACAGAAGUGUGCCUUGUUGAAACAGCCUCCACCAACACUACAGCUGACCCCUAGUUAUAAGAAAGAAUCAUUUAAGUUUGUUCAUCUGGAUGAAAUUAACCUGUUAAAGUAUAACGUCAAUAAAAUGGAAGAAGUUAUAAAAACAAAGCAGCACAUCUUGACAAUACGGCCAAAUUCCUAUGCACCGCAAAGUCACUCCAGAAUAAUGCAGGCAAACCUCCCAAAUGACACUGAUUGUGAAAUUCAAAGUAAUUCUUCCCCCAGGACAACUGAUAAUGGAUGUUUUGCACCGUACUGUCCCCAGGCUGCUGACAGGAUGUCAAACGAUACAUGUUCCAGUCAGAAUAGCUCACAGGCACUGACUCAAAAUUAUGCUACAAUUAUACAUGCAACACCUCAGAAUUCAACCAAGGUAAACACUGAUCCAACAAUAUGCAGUGCGCAGAAUGCAUCUGUAAAUGAUUUACAGACAAUGAAUGAAGACAUUGUUUAUAAAAACAAGGGCCUAAUAUUCCAAAAUGGCCAAGAAUUAGAAGUACAGAUAUUAAAGGUAAAGGAGGAGAAGCCAGCAUAUUUGCCAUCAUUUGUCUCGUUGCUUCAUGACAAGCAACAAUCAUAUCAAACGAAAUGGAAGGAGAUCCAGCAACUGGAAAUACCAUUGUCACUUUCAUUGAAAGAUGAAAACCAAAUCAACCCGCCAUUGUUCCAAAAUGGACAAGCAAUCAACAGCCAGUCAUUUUUAUCAUUGUUAAACAGCAAUGUAGGUGUUCUGUGUUUGCACUCUGACAGAAGCGAUGACCAACCAGUAAAAGUUUCCUUUACGGAUGUGUUACAAACUGACCUGAAAGAUGACCAACUAACAAAGACUAACCUACUGAAGAAUGACACAUUCGCUGGAGAGCUACUUGUCAAUCCUGAAUGGAAAGUUGGAUAUAAACGGCAGCUUUUAACUUACCACUCGUCAAAGAGUACAGGCCAACAAACAGAUGCAUCAUUUUUACAAACAUUGCAGACAAAUGCUACGAUGGAGGGUUGUAAAUUUCUUGAAGACUGGGAAAUACAAGUUCACAUGGAUGAAUAGGUACCCAAACAGGGAGUUUUGAUCAUGUAUAAAUAGCAAAAAUUCAGCUGAUAGGGCGGCAUCAGUGGAGAGACAAAAAGUUUAAGCACCAUGAUCUUCCAUCAGAAUAUAUCUGGCUUAUAUGCUAUGAUCCAGUUGGACGUGCUGUCUAGAAAUGAGUCUUAUCAACUGUGUAAAGUGUCUUUGGACCAAUAGGUUUUCUGCUGCUAACCAAAAUUGGGAACUGACCCAUCAUUCCCUGCCCCAAUUCAGCCAACUCCAGAUUGAAGUUGCUGGAGACAAAGUAAUAUGCCUCCCGUGGGUGAAUCCUGUUUACCCACCCUGCAAUUGAGAUUCCUCUGUUGGAACACUAAUUAAAUUACGUUCUUCUGGAAACGAUUCCUCUGUGCAUCCACUACCAGCCCAAGAAUAUCUUCUUCCAGAGCCAACCCAGAAUAUGUAUAAAGGACAGUGGAUGCUCUGGCCCUCAGGAAUUUUAUUCUUUCAUGGGGCGUGGACCUUUCUGACAAGCCCAGCAUCUCUGGACUGAUUACCCGAUUACCCGUGAAUUGAGUUGCACGCUCAAUCAUUUCAGAGGGCUGUUAGAGUCAGCAUCUUUAUUGUGGUUCUGCAGUCACAAGUAGACCACACAGAAUAAGAAUAGCAGAUUUCUUUCCCUACAGGGCAUCAGGAAAACAGAUGGGCUUUUGUCACAAUCCAUGAUCACUUUUUGUUACAAGCUUUCAAUUCCAGGUAAUUCCAGAUAUAAUAACUGGAUAUGAAUCAUGCCCAGGCUUUGUGGUGGGAUUUGAACCCACGGCUGCUGGAUGACAUGUCCAGUGAAUUGGUACUUGGCUACCAUCUCCAUCAAAUGCAAUAUGCAGUCCGAUCAUCCAUAUGCUUCAGCGUCAGGCUCCCUCUGCAAUGAGUUAAUAUGGAUAAUUCAAGGUAAAAUACUUCUUUCCUCUCAUAAUAACUUUGUAAUAAUGUGAAGGCCUUUGAAUAAACUUUCUGAUUGAAUUUAGAAA